AUGAGAGUUGCUGGAAAAAGGUUCAUUCAGUCUUCUCCCCAGACAAUUAAUAUUAUGCCCAUACUUAGCAAUCCCUUCGAUCUUUCUCUAUCUGGACUUUCAAGUGGGGAAAUAGAAGAUAUACAGCUUGCUGAUAUGCUUCUAGCUUCUGCAGAGACUCUUCGUGAGAAGAGUGAUCGAGAAUCAAAGGGCUCAGGGAAAAAGAUUCUGUUUGACGCUCAUGAGUUGUUGAUGACUCCUACCUCUGCAGCUGUAGCUUACUUCAAAAACGUUCCCUUCGGUCAGGUUGAACAAUUUGCUGGAAUCCAAGCCAUUGUAGAAAAGGUGGCUAGGGCAAAGAGGGUUCACAUAAUUGAUCUUGGCAUCAAAUGCGGAGUGCAAUGGACGAUUUUGAUGCAAGCCCUUGCAUCUCGAAAUGAAUGCCCACUUGAGAGUCUCAAGAUAACUGCAGUCGGGGCUGGUUCAAGACAGAUGGAAGGCGCACGUAAAUGGUUAAUGAGUUUUGCUGAAACCAUGAACUUACCAUUCUCUUUUAUGAAGGUUACAAUGUCGGACGUGUUUGACCUCAGAGAAGAUCAGUUUGAGAUUGAUGCAGAAGAAACAGUUGCUGUCUACUCUGAGUUUUUCAUGUGGACUAUGAUUCCACAACCUAAUCAACUGGAUUCUGUGAUGAAAGUGAUCAGAAAAUUCAAUCCAUGUAUAAUGGUGAUCAUUGAAGUUGAAUCAAACCUGAGUCGUUUUAUUGAGGCUCUUUUCUAUUACAGUGCAUAUUUUGAUUGCCUUGAUAUCUGCAUGGAAAAGGAAGAUCAAAACAGGUUGUUUACAGAAUCCCUCAUGAGUCAAGGAAUCAAGAGUGCUGUGGUAGCUGAGGGAGAGGAACGGAAACUUCGACAUGUAAAGAUCGAUGUUUGGAGGAGAAGGAUCUUAGCAAUUCUUCCUUGUCCCAAGCAUAUCUGA